AUGGAUGAGGAGCCCGCCAAAAAGGGAGCGGCCCCGCCCCAGACCAGGACCAGGACGACGAAGCGGCAACCGCCUGCUGCCGACGAUGGCGGCAGUCUUUCUACUGAGGCACCCACUGCCAAGCGAGCACGCGGAAGGGCCGCCAAAGUUCCACCGUCACCAAAAACGAGAACCCGGUCAGCGAAGACGGCAACGCCAAAACCAGUCGUCACCACGGCUACCAGAAAUGCGAGAAAGGCCGAUGAUGCAGUGCCACCCGGCGCCAACGUCUAUGUCCCGACCACCAGCAAGGAACGCAAGUCGCGCAGGGUGAGCCGGAAGACGCGCUCGAGGAGCUCCUCCCGGAGCGAUGCUCAAACUGCUGCGUCCGGGGCUCCGAAGCGUCGGCACCGCUCGCGGAGUUACUCCCAUGGCGGCAGCACUCAUCACGCAAAGAGGGGCAGGAGCCACAGGAGAUCAAGGCACUCGUCUCGCAGUGGUGACAGUGGCCACAAGCGGAAGGGCAGACGCCGUGGAGGGUCGACCACCUCCUCACAGAGCAGCCGCGGAACUAAGAGGGGCCGCAGGAAGACCCGCCGCCGCCAUUCCAAGAGCAGCACCUCUGCUGCGAGUACCAGGAGUGGCGGGAGACGGCGCCGUCACGCCCGUAGUACGCGUUCGUCGUCAAGCCGCGGAGGAAAGCGGGGCAACUCGCGGAAGACGGUGAGCAGCUUCUCGUCCAGGUCUCGUCGGGUCAAGGGGACCGCUGGCAAGGCUGCCAAAAGAGGCAAGCGCAAGUAA